GGCACGUGAAUGUUUCCGACGCAAGUUCAGCCACACGUACUGGGAUGUCAAACACACCGAUACCCACACGCACUCGAAACACCACAUGCGUGUUGGCUCUCCCUCCCCACUCACUAGCCCUUUUUCUGCCACUGCUGCUGCUUCCCCCUCUGGCCCUUCUGACCUUUCUCACGACCCCCGCGGCCUCGGCUGCAUGAAGGCAACACACACGCGUCAUAAACACACACACACACACACACACACAAGCCAUGGAGGUAAUAAGUAUUGCAUCGUCUGCUGACCUUGGUGGCCGGCCGGAAGCGCCUUCGUCACCCGCCUGGGCCUGAACGAAGCCACACACAUCGACAGACGCACACUAAUGGGUAUAUGUGUGCACGGAUUGCGUGGCGUCUCGCUUACGGUGUCGACAGGCGGCUGUGCAGCCGCUUUGGGGGGGGCUUCAGGAGCUGCCUUCUCCCUGGGCGCACUGACCUGCAUCCACUCCUUCUUGGGCGCCGUGGGCGGCAUGAAUACCUUGGCCGGCGCCCGCUUUGCCGGUUCGGCCUUGGCAGGAGGGCCCUCACCCCCAGCACCACCAACACCGCCCCCGCUCCCGCCGCUGUCCCUCGCCCUGUCCUUGUCUUUGCCCUUCUCCUUUGGUGCGCCGUCUGCCUCGCCAACGGCAUGAUGUGGCUUGACGCCCAGUGUCCGAGACAGCAGGGUGGCCGCAGCUUUGCCUUCAGUCACGCUGACUUUGGCGUGAGGGGGGUGCCGAGCGGCGGGGGCUGGGGCGGGUGCAGCCUUGGUGCCGUUGCGGGCGUCCGCCUUGCCCUUUUUGGGUUUGGGUGCGGGGGGCGGGGGCGGACGGGCCACAGACAGCCCGUGGAUGUUGGCAAACUCCUUGGCCUUCUGCUCUUUCAGCUGCAUGAAACCAGCCGAGAGAAAAAGAAAAGCAGGGUUGCGUGUGGGAAUCCGUGUGUCCAUCGGUGACCCAUCUGUGCGUGGGUGCGCACCUUUCUGUAUUUGCUGUCGCGUCUGGCGAGUAUCUCGAGGACGAGUGGCGUGAGCUGCUCAUCUUUCGCGGCCUCCUUCUGACGCUCCAACUCAGCUGCAGCAGCGAAGGCACACAUGGCACGAAUGUGGUCAGCAUUUCCUCCCUGUUCUCCCUCUCCUUCGUACCUUGCAGCUCAGCGGCACUGACGGGCUUUUGCGCUUCCUUGGGCGAUGCGAGCGACUCUAGGAAAGCCUGAUAGCUGGGGUCUGAACAGACAAUGGAGAGGGUGCAGGUGAUGAUCUGAUCUGAUCAACCUAUGUAUGGGUGUGGUCCGCGUUCAGAUGAUCUACGCACCUGAUUCGAUGGUGUCUUCCCGCUGGUCCGUGGUGGCCCGCUUCUUGGGCGCUUUCUGGUAGGGCGCGUUGGAGACCACCGCACGGAAAGACUCACCUACACAACACUCGCACGCCAGGCGUGUGUGAUGCCUCCUCCUCUUCUCGUCUCACACACACGGAGACACACCUCGGUCAUCUACGAAGGAGUGACCCUGAAAUGACCACCACACACAGAGAUCAGAUCGCAUCAGAUCAGGCCGGCCAUCCGUUGCGCCGCUCACAUGGUAGUUCUUGGCGAAGUCCUCGGCGUCUGAAGGCUCACGGAACUGAAGGUAGCAGCGGCCAUUGGAGCUCGCCUGCCGAUGGCCGUCGCCCGCGCCUCGCCGCUUGCCGGGGACGAAGUGCAGCCACUCGUACUUGCCAUCGUAGGACGCGAUAGUCUCCACAAACUGCGACUCAUCCAAAGUGGGAGGCAGCAGACGAACCACAACUGAGAAGACGGACAAAGCAAGAAUAAGCUGGAAACGGGUAUCCGCGUGUGCCUGUGUCGGUCUUACGCUUCAGAUUAGCGCGGCUGGGCCUCUUUUCUGCCAUCUGUGCAAAUGCGAGCUGAG